AUGACCACAACAAGCUCACAUAUAAUCUCACCUCCAUUCGCUGAAGACGUUCAACUCCUCUUGAACGUGCCAAAGCACAAACCGAUUCUGGGGCAUAGGAACAAGGUUGCGAUAUCAGUGUUCAUAGCACCACCAGGAACAGCCAAUGUGCCAAUUGGGUGCUAUAUCUAUGGACUAUACGACAUACGAAGAAGCCAGGUCUACCAGACGACCCUCAACAAUAGCCAGGAGCCCCUGUUCGACAUGACCAAGAGGAUCUCUCAUGUCAUUACGAAAAAGUACCAGUGCCCAACCUAUGUGUGUUGCACUGGUGGCAUCGAUCCGUUAGCAGUCUUGGGAAUCAUCAAGGAACUGAUAACGAUCAUCAACGAGCAAUGGACCGACGAAGACAACGCAGGACAACCAUAG